AGGCAGCGCGCUGAGCUUCAGUUGACAGUAGAGUGUCGUGCUCGGCGGACGCUACUCAUCGCUCCGAGAACUCCUCAUCACACAUCCUCCAAAAUGAGAGAAAUCGUGCACGUCCAGACCGGCCAAUGCGGCAACCAGAUCGGCACAAAGUUCUGGGAGAUCAUUAGUGACGAGCACGGGCUGACGGCGGCGGGGACCCUUAGAGAAAAUGUUCCUCAGGACGUCCGGGAUCUGCAGCUCGAGAGGAUCAAUGUCUACUACAGCGAGGGCAACAAGGCCAAGUACGUUCCGCGAGCUGUGCUGGUCGACCUGGAGCCGGGCACCAUGGACGCUGUUCGCAGCGGGCCCCUCGGACCACUCUUUAAACCAGAACACAUCGUCUUUGGUCAGAGCGGCGCAGGCAACAACUGGGCCAAGGGACACUACACUGAAGGCGCUGAACUCGUGGACUCCGUGCUCGACGUGGUGAGGAAGGAGGCCGAGAACUGCGACUGCCUGCAGGGCUUCCAGCUGACACACUCCCUGGGCGGCGGCACAGGCUCCGGCAUGGGCACGCUCCUCGUCUCCAAGAUCCGCGAGGAGUUUCCCGACAGGAUCAUGAACACUUUCUCCGUCGUUCCUUCGCCUAAGGUCUCCGACACCGUGGUUGAGCCGUACAACGCGACCCUCUCCAUCCACCAGCUGGUCGAGAACACCGACCAGACCUACUGCAUCGACAACGAGGCUCUCUAUGACAUCUGCUUCCGAACCCUCAAGCUCAUGAACCCAACCUACGGAGAUCUGAACCACCUGGUGUCGCUCACUAUGUCUGGUGUGACCACCUGCCUGCGCUUCCCUGGCCAGCUGAACGCCGACCUCAGGAAACUGGCCGUGAACAUGGUGCCGUUCCCUCGCCUGCACUUCUUCAUGCCCGGCUUCGCGCCGCUCACCGCCCGUGGCUCGCAGCAGUACCGCGCCCUCACCGUGCCCGAGCUCACGCAGCAGAUGUUUGACGCCAAGAACAUGAUGGCCGCCUGCGACCCGCGCCACGGCCGCUACCUGACCGUGGCUGCCGUGUUCCGAGGCAAGAUGUCCAUGAAGGAGGUCGACGAGCAGAUGUACAACAUCCAGAGCAAGAACUCGUCGUACUUCGUGGAAUGGAUCCCCAACAACGUGAAGACAGCCGUGUGCGACAUCCCGCCGCGAGGCAUCAAGAUGGCGUCCACCUUCAUCGGCAACUCCACCGCCAUCCAGGAGCUGUUCAAGCGCAUCUCGGAGCAGUUCACGGCCAUGUACAAGCGCAAAGCUUUCCUCCAUUGGUACACGGGCGAAGGCAUGGACGAGAUGGAGUUCACGGAGGCCGAGUCCAACAUGAACGACCUGGUGUCCGAGUACCAGCAGUACCAGGAGGCCUCCGUGUUCAUUAUACUAAAAGUUGCAAUGUUAUUCGUUACGGCAAGUACACGUCAUCUCUUCCUGAUCAACACGACGACUUGGGACCAGGCUAGUGACGGACGCCGCACCUUUCACGCCAGAUCACGCCCAUAACAUAUCCUAAUGGUCAUGUCGCGCCCUUGACCCUCCCUGCACCUUGCGGGCGGGGGCACCCCCCUCUCCCUGCCGUAGGAUCCCAAGGACUCGAUUCCGGAAACUCUUCGCGCGGGAGGAGGGCGGCCCCUCCCUCUCUCUCGACUCCAGCAGGCGGAGGUGUGAAUGCUUCCACUGACAGCAGCGCAGCAGUGCCCCAUUAUGUGCUUUAAUCUAUGAAAAUAAUAAUUUAAAAAUGUAGAAUUAUAUAGCUUUUAUACAAAUGAUUAAACGUUACCAUCACUCCAUCGGCUCCCCCAUCGGCGCGUGUUCGACGAAGCGGCGCCAUCGGCUCGCCGCCCGCAGAGCUUUAGUCAUAACCAGGCGGUCCAGCGAGCCAGCCCCCUCCGCCCACGCGAGUUCCUUGCUUGCGUGGGCGUGCGGGUGAGUUGCCGAGGGAGGGAAAGAGGGCGGCGGUGGAGUGUCCGCCACGCCCUUGGCCCCCUCGAGCCGCCCGGCCACGCCGCCGCUCGUCUAGUAUGGCACAAAUAAAGUCACAAAAUUUACA